UACUGGACCUAGACCGAUUCCAUGGCCCUCUUCGCCAUGGAGCUUACGCACUGGUUCUUCAUCUUGGCCUCUCUGCCGCUCGUGUCCAAAGUCUCAGCUCUGCUGCGGGCGCUCUAUCACCUCUACCUGCGCCCAGCGACCAGCUUCGCCUCCUUUCGCGGGGACUAUGCGCUGGUCACGGGCGCCAGCCGGGGCAUCGGCCGCGGCUACUCCCUGGCCCUCGCGCGCCGGGGGGUGAACCUCAUCCUGGCUGCCAGUUCCCCGGAGCCACUGGAAAAGCUGGCGGAGGAAUGCCGUGCCUUGGGUGUGGAGGCGCGUGUGCUCCAGGUGGACUUUGCCCCCGGGGGGGGGUUGCUGCUGACGAAGGUGCAGAAGCAGCUGGAGGAGCUGGUGGACUUGGCGAAGAUCUCGAUUCUGGUGAACAAUCUGGGCGGCAAGCCGCCAGAUCGCACCCUGCCCACCGCGCCCAUCCCCAUGCGCUGCGAGGAUAUCGACGCGGAGACCUACGAGAACUACCUGGCCUUCAACGCGCACGUGGGCCAGGCGUUGACGAGCAUGCUGCUGCCCAUCAUGGUGCAAAGGAACAAGGGCUAUGUGCUGAACGUGUCCUCCCUCAACGGCAACCAGGUCAUCCCCUUUCUCUCCGCGUAUUGCGCCACCAAAGCCUACAUCUCCAGCUAUUCCGCCUGCCUGAAUGCCGAGCUCCGCGCUCGCAGGUGCAACGUUUGGGUGGAGGCCGUCUGCCCUGGUCCAGUGGCCACGGAAUCCAUCGGCAAUCCCAAACCCUCAGCAAAGGUUCCAGAUCCAGUGCGCUUCGCUGAGCAGUCGCUGCGACUGGCGCGGACGCCCUUCGCACAGGUGCCAUGGCCGCGGCACUGGUGGUCCAUGCAGUACUACGGCAACGGCUCCAUGUUCGUCUCGGACGAGGUCGCGCAGCGGCGGCUGCGCAACACCUACUUCAAGAUGUGGGGAUAGCCAGCACGCGCACAGGCAGGGGGGAUAGUGUGCUUGCCGAGCGCGGCGCAAGCGUUGCCACUCCGAG